GAUACAUUAAAUUUUGUACUUGGUUUUGGAAAAUCUGGUGAGUGCCCACAUAUAGAAGAAUGAAGCUCUUCUUUACCUCAUUUUUUCUGAUGCUGUUUCAUGAAGGGAUGACGACGGGUCAAGAGGUUUUCUUCAACACAUUGAAACAGCUAGAGGUCGACCGUCAAGAGGCACUGCUUAAGCUACCUUACGAUCCUUUGCAAGGGAAAGAAGCUCAAAGCGAUGGAGUAGACUGGUCAGCAGUUACACGGUCCAAGAGAGCUAUCACGGGUGUCAAAAGCAAUACCAUCCGCUUAAACUUUCCCGACAACCUUCCCAGAAAGAAUGGCACAGGACGAGUGGAAGUUUACCAUGACAACCAAUGGGGUACCGUGUGCGACAAAGCCUGGGACAUCAAAGACGCCUUUGUUGUGUGUAAUGAAUUGGGAAUGGUCAAAGCGAUCCAGGAGACAAAGAAGGCCAAAUAUGGUCAGGGCCAAGGUCCCGUAUGGCUUAGCAAUGUGCAGUGCACGGGAGGAGAGAGGUCUUUGUCUAACUGCCCCCACUCUGGGUGGGGAAAUGUUGGUAGUUGCACCCAUGAUAACGAUGCAGGUGUAAAGUGUUUGCAAAAAGGCCUUCCGCGUUUGAUUGAGGUUGGCUGUUAUAAAGAUAGCAAAUCCAAUCGAGCCCUCCGAACUCUGUACGCUUUUCUACGAAAGGAAAUCGAUUGGUAUAACCUAAGAAACAUGGUUACCAAGUGUGCUGAAAAGGCCUGGGAACGAGGAUUCCGGUGUCGGGAUGCACUGGGCAAAUUACGUGUACAAGUUCGCACCCUGGUCGGAUCUGGGAUGCUGGAAGGAUAAUACACGUGACCGAGCUAUGGAGAAGAUGCUGGUAAACCUGCGGUUCCAGAUUGAUUGGUUUAACAUUGGAAAAACCAUCGACCUUUGCUACCAGGCCGCAAAGAAAGCUGGGAAGAAGUACUUUGCAGUGCAGUUUUACGGCGAAUGCUGGGUGGAUAAAGAUAAUGCGACUUAUAGGAGGCAUGGGCCGAGUACAUCCUGCUGGAGUGGUGUGGGAAAACAAAGAACUAACUAUGUGUAUCGUGUUUUGUGGUGAAAAGGUCAGUUCCAUCGAUUUCCUCAGAAGAGCCUAUCUUUGGCUGGUUGAAGUUGUCGCGGACAUUUUCCACAAUUCAUUGAGUAAUAAAUAAAUAGAUUCCAUCAAAACGCUGCACAAGAAAUAAACAUAUGUAAAUGUA